GAUCAUCUUUUCUUCCUGGGUCGUGACAGAUUAUUACCUGUUUGUGUUCAAUGGGACGACAAAUUCACUUUGUGGUUGACCCUCAGGGUUGGUGCUGCAUGGGCCUGGUUAUCUUUGUCUGGCUGUACAACACAAUCUUCAUUCCAAAAGUCAUCCUUUUUCCUCACUAUGAAGAGGGACAUAUUUCAGUUGUGGCAAUUUUGUGUUAUUACUUCUGCUCAUUGUUUUGUAUAGCGUCAUUACUAAGAGCCUCAGUAGCUGAUCCAGGAAAGCUACCUGAAAACCCAAAGAUACCAAUUACAGAACGAGAGUAUUGGGAAUUAUGUAACAAAUGCAAUAUGAUGAGACCAAAGCGUUCACACCAUUGCAGUCGUUGUGGUCAUUGUGUGAGGAGGAUGGAUCACCACUGUCCAUGGAUUAAUAAUUGUGUUGGUGAAGACAAUCAUUGGCUGUUUUUACAGCUGUGUUUCUACACUCAGAUCCUUAGUUCCUAUACACUGAUACUUGAUUUCUGCCAUUACUACUACUUUUUGCCUCUGAAAAAAGAAAGCUGGGAUGUUUUUGUGUUUAGACAUGAACUUGCUCUCCUAAGAAUAUCUGCCUUCAUGGGUCUAAUAAUAUUAGGUGGAAUAAGUGGACUCUUUUACACUCAGCUAAUGGGUAUUUUCACUGACACUACCAGUAUAGAAAAAAUGUCAAACUGUUGUGAAGACAUAUCGAGGCCCCGAAAGCCGUGGCAGCAGACCUUCUCAGAAGUUUUUGGCACUCACUGGAAGAUCCUGUGGUUUAUUCCUUUCAGGCAGAGGCAACCACUGCGAGUUCCCUACCACUUCGCCAAUCACGUCUGAACAGAUGGAUGGUGGGCACAGAUGGGUCCUCCAUGCUGGAAGUGCGUUACAGGUUUUAUGAUAAUAGGACUAUGACAGCCUUCAAGUCAAUUAAAAUCCACCCACCAAUCGUAGGCAUCACAAUGUGCCCCAGGCUUUAUUUUAAUAGUGGUCUUUAUUCUGUUCCGAGAUUAAUACAAGUUAUAUGUUUAACUUUAGGCAUAUUUUCUUUCAGAUUAGCUUUCCAAAGGGAUUUAUUUUGUCUUUAAGGUUAAUACCAAAACCAAAUGACUGGAAUGCAGUCUUACUCUAUUUGUUUGAUACUGGCUUUUUUUUUUUUUUGGUAGGAAACACUGAAGUUUACAUUGAUUGUUAGCUUUCCCACUAAGUGUCUUAUUCUGCCUUGAAUUUUUUUUAGUAUUUUUAUCAGUAGGUCUGUCUAGAUAAUAUUCAUGUCUUUUUUCUGCUACAUGUGUUUAAAAUUCCCUGAUACUGC